AUGACAGCGGGCGGCCUGGAGAAGACCAUGGUCCUGCUCCAGCUCCGCCCCGGCCGCCUGGUGGCGCAGGGACUUGCUCCAAAGCAGCUCCUCGACGGAAAAUCAGCAGCUGGCGACGCUGACGCGGACAACACGGACAGCAGCAGCAGCAGCAGCAGCAGCGGAUCUGAAGUCGAGCCAGAGCAAGCAGACAACAACCCGGUCUCGGACGACUCGAACAGCAACAGCAGCAGCGGCAGCGGCAUCGAGCACGACAACAUCGCCACCCAGGACAGCAUCGACAUGGAGGCCGGAGCCAGCAAGCACCCCAUCCACGCGGUGUUUGUUGCCGCAGGCGUCCAGCUCCGGCCCCGCGAAACCAGGCCGUUGCUCCGUGCGCUCGGCGUAGGACCUCACCGCCUAGUCAAGCUCGGGCUCGUUCAGCGCGAAGAGGCUCGGCGGUCCAGGCCUGGAGGCACUCCUUCCACGGAGGUCGCCGCUUCCAUGGCAAGCGUGUACACAGCAGCGGGGGUGAGGGAGAGCGUGGUCCUCAAAUGCACAUGGGCCCAGGUCACCACGCCCACCCUCGUCGCCAGCGGGAACACCACGGCAUGCACCAGCUGGAGAGGGACGGGGACACUGCCGGUACGGACAUGGACUAUGGCCCCGUUCCUCACGGGGCAGGACGGCACCACCACCGCAGCCCCGUCGGUCUACACCACCGACCGCACGGCCCGCCCCCCGGCCCGCCCGGCAUGCGUGGCGGAAUGCGGUGCGAGGACUUUGGUGAUGACGACUUUCACCCCCGGCCGCAUCAGCACCGGCACCAGCAGCACCAGCAGCACCGGCAGCACCGGCAGCAGCACGGAAGGAUGGCGGCGGGCCGUGCUCGCGGUCACCCCUGUCACGAGCGCCCCUCUCCCUUGCAGAUGA